AUGGAUUGGAAAAUCUUCAUUACCUAUGUUAUAAUAGCCAUUAAAGGUAUUGAAAGUAGUUGCCGAUUUCCAGCAUUUUUACAAACACCAUCACAUCUUGGUGAAACCAAACCUUGGAAUACUGAAACUUGGUGGAUUAACCUGAAACAUGAUGUCAGAUGGCUUCAAAAACAGGAUAUUUUUAUUGAUGGGAAUAAUUUAUGGCGGCACCGUGAACACAGUAUGAAACGUUGUGAUCGCGUUGAAAAACGCAGUGUUUAUACUAAAACUAGUUUUGGAAGGUGUUCUGAACGAGAAUUAGUGUAUAAUAGAACAUGUUUAACGAAUGAAGGAUAUAAUACAUAUAAAAUAAUCCAAUACAAUCUAGAUAGAACACACAAAUUUACCUGUAUGAGAUUUAUACGUCGGAGUGAUAAUCUAGUGCAGGUGUUAGAAGGUCCACUGAGUGAUACCAAUGACCCUGAUCUGUGUGAUGAAGACGGGUUAGUUCUCGAGGAAUGGCCGUGGGUUGCUAAGUGGAGAAAACAAUCGUACAAAUGUCCUAUCAGUGGUGGCUUUACCUUCAGAACUAUCAGCAGACUAACCAAUGAAGAUCAUUGUGAGUCAGAAUGGAGAAGAUCGACUCUAGAAGUAGAGUGUGUAGUUGGUGAUGGAUUAGAUUUUAUGUCUCCAGUAGGCAGUGACUGCAAUCCUCUCAUUAGGAAAGGACAUCAUAAACGUUUGGCUUGUUGGUCAGGUUGGGAAACUGAUAGAUUUAUUUACAUGGUAGCAGGGGAGUUUGGUGAGCAACCGAAAUAUUGCUUGAGGUUCCCGAAGCAUAUGAAAGGAGAGUUUUCAGUAUUGAUAUAUUUUAGUGUUAUCUGUCCAGAGGAGGAAGAUGGUAAACCACCUACAGGAAUACAGUAUUAUGAAUUAAGAAUGAGGAGGAAAGAUGAAGAUAGAUGUGAAGACGAUGAUGAAGAACAGUGUAAAAUGAUUGAAGCACAAGGAAUCUGUUCUAAAGAACAACAAGAACAAUAUACCAGUCAUUGUAGAAAAACCUGUGGACUCUGUCAACACAACAACGCUGCUAAACAGGGGUGUUAUUUUGAUGCCAAGAUACAUGGUUCAUGGGUAUUGUAUGAUUUAAACAGAGAAGAAGAUGUACAGAUUGAAAGGCGACAUGCUGUCUUCAGUAAAUUUGGUAAAUUUCAUUGUCGUGAGAAAGGGACCAAUGAAAACCAAUAUAAAACAGUCACAACCUUUAGAAAUGGAUGUGUUCCCAGAUAUACAUGCUUUGAGUUUUCCAGAAGAAAUAACAAUUUACUCAGUUAUCGAGCAAGUCGAAGUUUACGUCAAGAUAAGGAAAUGGAAGAAAUUUGUGCUUUUCAUGACGACCCUUUUCCUCUGUUAGAUACUUAUAGAAGUUAUUAUUUCAAAAACCUUAUCUUAUCUGGAAUAAAGAAUCUGUGGCCAUCUUACUGUGGUAUUGAUAGCACCAUACCAUUUAAUGGUACCUUUAAUGAUGAAACAUGUGAUGGUACCAUAUCUGAUUGGGAUGCUGAUACUUGUAGAACACGAGUUAGUUUGACUCUUCAGUCCACAUCUUGUCCUUCCUUAUUAGCUCCUUUGGAACUUCAAUGUUUGGCGUUUAUAACAUACCAAGAAGAAGACUUGCAGGAAAUGAUCAUAACUAGAAGUAUGGAUGGCAGGAAUGAAUUUAAUUGUUGGAUCAUCAGUAGCUACAUCAUUGGUAGUCGUUGGCCAUGGAGAGUUCUUUACAAGAUGCCAACCACACAAUGUACGCCGCUUUCAGAUGUCGAGUCUGAUGAAAUGAGGAGACCUAAAGCUGCUUUGUUCCUUGAAGAUAAAGAGAAAAGGAAAGAAUGUAAACCAAUGGAAAACCCCGUUACAUUACCACGUGACAUAUUGACCAGAUCAACCAAUAAACCUCACGUAGUUCGAAAUGACCAAUCGCAUUCACGGGACAAUCAUCAACGGCAGGGACAAAGAGAUGAAAUCGACCUAGAUAAUCCCCGGGUUGUGCUUGAUGAAGUAGAAAGUGCAUCUUCAACGCUUCACUCGACAGACGUUUUUAGAAUAGUUCUAGGUGUAGCUUUAGUGACAAUUUUGCGAUGUUUCACGCGAUGA